UUCAUCGUUGCAAUGCGUGUAUAUAAAUGAGUGCAGGAUCCUUGAUCUCUCUGCGCCGGCCUUUGCCCUCUCUCUCUCUCUCAUCUCACCUUGCCGGUGACGAAGAAUUCAUCUAUAUUCCGGACAAAGAGAGGGAUUGGCUGUUGAUCCACCAUGAAGGCACUAAUUCUUGUUGGAGGAUUUGGAACACGCCUGCGGCCUUUGACUCUUAGUGUCCCCAAGCCGCUUGUUGAUUUCGCUAAUAAGCCCAUGAUCUUGCAUCAGAUUGAAGCUUUGAAAGACGUUGGUGUUACUGAAGUUGUUUUAGCCAUUAAUUACCAACCAGAGGUUAUGCUCAACUUUCUAAAGGAGUUCGAGACCAAGCUUGGUAUCAAAAUCACGUGUUCUCAAGAGACUGAGCCAUUGGGCACAGCUGGUCCCUUGGCUUUGGCCAGAGAUCAGCUAAUAGAUGGUUCAGGUGAUCCCUUCUUUGUUCUCAACAGCGAUGUCAUCAGUGAAUACCCUUUUGAAGAACUGAUCCAGUUCCAUAAAUCCCAUGGUGGAGAGGCCACAAUUAUGGUGACAAAGGUAGAUGAGCCAUCCAAAUAUGGUGUUGUGGUCAUGGAAGAGGAAACUGGCAAAGUGGAAAGGUUUGUGGAGAAACCAAAAAUGUUCGUUGGAAACAAGAUCAAUGCAGGAAUUUAUCUUCUGAACCCUUCUGUUCUAGACCGCAUCCAACUGAGGCCUACUUCAAUUGAGAAAGAGGUCUUCCCCCAGAUUGCUGCAGACCAAAGGCUAUUUGCCAUGGUCCUGCCAGGAUUUUGGAUGGACAUUGGCCAACCAAGGGACUACAUUACCGGCCUAAGACUCUACCUAACUUCUCUAAGGAAAAAAUCUCCUUCCAAGCUAUCUACUGGCUCUCACAUUGUUGGAAAUGUGUUGGUGCAUGAGAGUGCUGUGAUUGGAGAGGGAUGUCUGCUUGGCCCAGAUGUUGCUAUUGGACCUGGUUGUGUGGUUGAGUGCGGAGUGAGGCUGUCAAGGUGUACUGUAAUGAGAGGAGUCCGCAUCAAGAAGCAUGCCUGCAUCUCCAGCAGCAUUAUUGGAUGGCAUUCUACUGUCGGACAAUGGGCACGUGUCGAGAACAUGACAAUCCUUGGGGAGGAUGUCCAUGUAUGUGACGAGAUAUACAGCAAUGGUGGUGUAGUUCUUCCUCACAAGGAAAUCAAAUCAAGCAUUCUUAAGCCUGAGAUUGUUAUGUGAAACGCAUCGGUGGUUCAUCCCUAUCAUCUCCACCAGUUGCAAAUAUAUAUAUAUAUAUAUAUACAUAAAUAUCCUUGUUCAUAUCCUUUGUUUACCAUGCCAGAAUUUGGGAGUUGAAGUCUGUGGAUACCAGUAUGCCAUCUACUGGGUCCUCCUGUUCAUGUUCUAUGAAUCUUGUCAUUUCAUUUCCUGAUCUGUCUCUUACGGAUCAUGUGUAAUAACUUCAAAUGUUUGAUCUGUGAAUAGUCUUUGUGCA